CUUGGGGGAAGUUGCCAUACUGUUUAUUUCCCCCUGCACCACAACAACAAGUUUUGCUCUCGGAUGCUGAGGAUUAUUUUCCCUCGAGCGCAUGUUGACAGAAAUUCCCUCAAAUUAGCUGGACGAUGAUGUGGGGUUCACUGAGAAGACAUGACAGCUGUCCUAGCACUGGUUGACGCCCUGGUUAUCAAUGUUGGUCGAUUCUCAUGCAGACGUGUUGCGAAUCACUCUAAACAUUCAGGAUUCAGGAGGAGAAGAUGGCGCAGAUGUUUACCCCACCAGGACCAAAAAGUUUCCGUCAGUUCACCCGUGAAUCUCUUAAGGCCAUCGAGAGCCGGAUCGUGGAGGAGAAUGCCAAGAAGUCAAAGGAGAAACGGGAGAGAUGUAAAGAUGAUGGAAGUGGCACGAAACCCAACAGUGGCCUGCAGGCUGGGAAAAAACUGCCGUUUAUAUAUGGAGACCCUCCCAGAAAAUUUCUGUCCACACCUUUGGAAGACCUGGACCAGUUCUACAGCAACCAGACAACUUUUAUAGUAGUUAACAAACAGAAGACAAUCACCCGCUUCAAUGCCUCUCCUGCCUUGUACAUCUUCAGUCCCUUCAACCCUCUGAGGAAAAUAUCAAUUAAGAUUUUGGUACAUUCAUUGUUCAGCAUGAUUAUUAUGUUUACUAUACUGGCCAACUGCGCUUUCAUGACCUACGCACAAACUCCAGACUGGGCCAAGAAUGUCGAGUAUACAUUCACUGGGAUAUACACCUUUGAAGCGCUCAUAAAGAUUACGGCUCGGGGAUUCUGUGUGGGUCAGUUUACGUUCCUCAGGGACCCGUGGAACUGGUUGGACUUUAUUGUUAUUGUAAUGGCAUAUGUAACAGAGUUUGUGGAUCUGGGCAAUGUGUCUGCCCUGAGAGCAUUCAGAGUUUUGCGAGCCCUCAAAACUAUAUCCGUUAUUCCAGGGCUGAAGACAAUCGUUGGAGCUCUGAUCCAGUCGGUGAAGAAGCUGUCCGAUGUGAUGAUAUUGACCCUGUUUUGCCUAAGCGUCUUUGCCUUGGUCGGACUUCAGCUUUUCAUGGGAAGUUUAAAACAUAAAUGUGUACUGGAGCCGCCCAACGCCACCCUGGAUGAGAACAAAGAUCUGUAUCUUAACUGGACACCUGCCUGUAAUGCCACCAACACAGACUACUGCAAGAAUUAUAUUAGUAAUCCUGAUAAUCAUUAUAUGAUAUCAGGAAAGAAGGCUCUGAUCUGUGGGAAAAGCAGUGAUGCAGGGCAUUGUCCAGAGGGAUUUCUCUGCUUGAAAACAGGUUCCAAUCCCGAUUAUGAUUACACAAGCUUUGAUAACUUUGGCUGGGCCUUUCUCUCUCUAUUCAGACUGAUGACUCAGGAUUAUUGGGAGAAUCUUUACCAACAGACUCUUCGGGCAGCGGGGAAGACCUACAUGAUUUUCUUCGUACUGGUCAUCUUCCUGGGAUCUUUCUACCUGGUGAACCUAAUCUUGGCAGUGGUUGCCAUGGCAUAUGAUGAACAGAACCAAGCCACUAUUGAGGAGGCUUUGAAGAAAGAGGAGGAGUUUAACACCAUGAUUGAGCAGCUCAUGAGACAAGAAGAGGAAGAGCAGGCCGCAGCGUCAAAGUGUGAUGAGCUCAGUGGAGGAAUGACGGAGAGCUCUUCUGACACUUCCAAACUCAGCUCCAAAAGUGCCAAAGAAAGACGCAACCGCAGAAAGAAGAGACAGCGUCAGGGAGAAGGCGAGAAAGAUGAAAAUUCAAGCGUUAGAAAGAACAGCUUCCGAAACAACCUGCGCUCAUAUAAGAGGACUUGCACAUCUCCACACCAGUCCCCCCUGAGCUUCCAGGGUUCCCCCCGUCGGGACAGCAAAACUAGCAUCUUCAGCUUCCGCGGCCGUGUGCAUUCCGAAAACAACUAUGCUGAUGAUGAGCAAAGCUUGUGUGAGGAGACAGGCAGUCGGAAAGACUCCCUGUUUGUACCUUGUCGUACUGAACGUCUCUACAGCAACGUUAGCAGAGGCAGCCUGACGCCACGCUUACUGCUGCCCUCUAACGGAAAAGUGCGCUAUGUGGUUGACAGCAAUGGCCUGGUGAUGGUGGCGGGCGGAGCUUCUACACCCAACUCGCCCUCAGGACUAUUAACGCCACAGGUGUCCAGAAAAAAAACCAUGUUUGCCGACACUUGUGGUGACACAGAUGAAGAGUUCAGAGGACGUUGUGAUUCCCAACGUUUCUCAGUGGCUUUUCUACAAAACCAGUCAGCGAGACAGCGAGCUCUGAGCGUAGUGAGUGUCAGCAACAACCCUACUGACAUGACUGAGGUUUGGAAACAGAAGUGUGUGGAUUGCUGGUUCGAUUUUGCAGAGAAUUAUCUAAUCUGGGAUUGUUGUCCUGCGUGGCUGAGGUUAAAGAAGUUUGUCCACAUGAUUGUCAUGGACCCGUUUGCUGACCUGUUCAUCACAAUUUGCAUUGUGAUAAACACAGUGUUCAUGGCCUUGGAAUAUCAUCCCAUGGAUGACUACUUUUCCAAAGUGCUUUCAGAUGGCAAUGUGGUAUUCAUCGGAAUCUUUACAGCAGAAAUGAUUUUAAAAAUCAUUGCUUUAGACCCGUAUAAUUAUUUUCAGGAAGGCUGGAAUAUCUUCGACAGCAUCAUUGUCACUCUUAGUCUGCUAGAGCUUUGUUUGACAAAUGUGUUGUCUGGAAUGGGUUUCCUUAGGCCAUGCCGAUUGCUGAGAGUCUUCAAACUAGCUAAGUCCUGGCCGACUUUAAACAUGCUAAUCAAGAUCAUAGGUAACUCACUCGGAGCCUUGAGCAAUCUGACAUUGGUGCUAGCCAUCAUCGUCUUCAUCUUCGCGGUGGUGGGCAUGCAGCUGUUCGGAAAGAACUACCGCGACUGCGUGUGUAAGAUUUCUGAAGAUUGCACUCUUCCUCGCUGGCACAUGAACGAUUUCUUCCACUCGUUCCUCAUUGUCUUCAGGGUGUUGUGUGGGGAGUGGAUCGAGACCAUGUGGGACUGUAUGCAAGUGGCGGGACAGCCCAUGUGCUUGAUAGUCUUCCUCAUGGUCAUGGUGAUUGGGAAUCUGGUGGUUCUGAACCUGUUCCUUGCACUGCUGCUCAGCUCCUUCAGUGCUGACAACCUCGCGGUCACCGACGACGAAGGCGAGAAGAACAACCUGCAGAUCGCGGUUGGUCGAAUCAAGAAAGGUUUUGCCUUCGUUAAGGACUGUCUGCAAAGUUUCUUCCGAAGCAGCUGUUUAAGACGGAAGAAGAAAAAUAAAACUAGAGAUGGGAACAUGCAAUCGUUGAACAACUACGAAAUAAAAGACAACCCCAACCACACCGCAUUAGAGCUCUUUAAAGACCCUGGGGGAAUGGCCGGGGUGGAUAAAUACUGUGAGAAUUUCAUCAGCAACCCAAGCCUAACCAUCAGUGUCCCAAUUGCUGAAGAAGAGUCUGAUUUUGAGUGCCUUAACACAGAGGAUUUUAGCAGCCUUUCAUCAGACCUAGAUGAAGAUAAAGAGAAGCUGGCUGACAUGGAUCCGAGUUCAUCUGAGGGCAGUACGGUGGAUCUCAGACACUUUGGACAUGCUAAAGAUGGACAAGACACACUGGACUUUGAGAUGGAGGAAUCCACAGAGCCAGAAGCCUGUUUCACACCAGGUUGUAUCCAGAAGUUCCCAUGCUGCCAGGUGAAUGAUGAGAAGGGCUUUUGGAGAACAUGGUGGACUUUAAGACAAGCAUGUUACAACAUAGUGGAGCACAGCUGGUUUGAGACCUUCAUAGUCUUCAUGAUUAUACUAAGCAGUGGCGCUCUGGCAUUCGAGGACAUUUACCUUGAUACAAGGAAAACUAUAAAGACCCUACUGGAAUAUGCGGAUAAAGUUUUCACUUACAUCUUCAUUCUUGAAAUGCUACUGAAGUGGGUCGCAUAUGGAUUUGCCAAAUACUUCACCAAUGUCUGGUGCUGGCUGGAUUUUGUAAUUGUUGAUGUCUCACUGAUCAGUCUGGUGGCCAAUGCCCUGGAGUACUCGGAGCUGAGCGCCAUCAAAUCUCUCCGAACACUGAGAGCGUUCAGACCACUGAGAGCUCUCUCACGCUUUGAGGGAAUGAGGGUUGUCGUGAACGCUCUUCUAGGAGCCAUCCCCUCCAUCAUAAACGUUCUGCUGGUCUGUCUGAUCUUCUGGCUGAUUUUUAGCAUUGUGGGUGUCAACUUCUUUGCUGGAAAGUUUUAUGAAUGUGUAAAUGGUUCAGAUCAGCGUCUGCCUGUCACAGAGGUCAAUAAUAUGUCAGAAUGUGACACUGUGAAAUUGGGCAAUAAUGCAACUCGCUGGAAAAAUCUGAAGAUUAACUUUGACAACGUUGGAAACGGAUACCUGGCCUUGUUACAAGUGGCCACCUUUAAAGGCUGGAUGCCUAUUAUGUAUGCGGCAGUAGACUCUCGCAAACUAAACGAGCAGCCAGUCUACGAGGUGAAUCUGUAUAUGUACAUCUAUUUUGUAGUCUUCAUCAUCCUUGGAGGUUUUUUCACAUUAAACCUCUUCAUUGGAGUCAUCAUUGACAACUUCAAUCAGCAAAAGAAAAAGUUUGGAGGUCAGGAUAUUUUCAUGACAGAAGAGCAGAAGAAAUAUUACAACGCUAUGAAGAAGCUUGGGUCAAAGAAACCUCAAAAACCAAUUCCAAGGCCAGCUAACAAGAUUCAAGGAUUCAUCUUUGACAUCGUAACCAACCAGGCCUUUGAUAUUUUCAUCAUGGCACUGAUAUGGCUCAAUAUGGUGACUAUGAUGGUUGAAACUGACGAUCAGACCGAAGAAAUGGAUCGUGUCCUGUACUGGAUCAAUUUGACGUUCAUUGUGCUCUUCACCUGCGAAUGUUUGCUGAAGAUGUUCUCGUUACGACAUUACUUCUUUACCAUUGGCUGGAAUGUAUUUGAUUUUGUCGUGGUCAUUAUGUCUGUAGUUGGCAUGUUCCUGUCUAAAGUCAUUGAGAAAUACUUUGUCUCGCCCACAUUGUUUCGUGUAAUUCGCCUUGCCCGGAUUGGCCGCAUACUACGCCUUAUCAAAGGGGCCAAGGGGAUACGGACCCUUCUCUUUGCUUUGAUGAUGUCACUUCCAGCCCUCUUCAACAUCGGACUUCUGCUCUUCCUCGUCAUGUUCAUCUACGCCAUCUUUGGCAUGUCAAGCUUUGCCUAUGUCAAGAAAUCGGGAGGCAUUGAUGAUAUGUUUAACUUCGAGACUUUUGGCAACAGCAUGUUGUGUUUGUUUCAGAUCACCACCUCGGCAGGCUGGGACGGCCUCCUGGCGCCUAUGCUCAAUAGCAAAGAACCCGAUUGUGACCCUAAGCGAAAAUUCAGCAACAAUGUAGUGGGUGACUGCGGCAACCCACCUAUUGGCAUCUUUUUCUUUGUCAGCUACAUCAUUAUAUGUUUCCUGAUCGUGGUGAACAUGUACAUUGCUGUGAUAUUGGAGAACUUCAGUGUGGCCACUGAAGAGAGUGCAGAACCUUUAAGCGAAGACGACUUCGACAGGUUUUACGAGGUUUGGGAGAAGUUUGAUCCUAAAGCUACACAGUUCAUUGAGUACAGCAAGUUGUCGGAUUUUGCAGAUUCUCUGGAUCCUCCAUUGCGUAUACCCAAACCCAACAAACUCCAACUGAUGUCCAUGGAUUUGCCGAUGGUGAGUGGUGAAAGAAUUCACUGUCUGGAUAUUUUGUUCGCGUUCACUAAACGUGUUCUUGGGGAAGGUGGUGAGAUGGAUGUCCUUCGUGGACAAAUGGAAGAACGAUUUAUGGCGUCCAACCCCUCCAAGGUCUCUUACGAGCCCAUCACCUCAACCCUACGCAGAAAGCAUGAAGACAUGUCAGCCGCGAUAAUUCAGAAAGCCUUUAGGAAGCACAAGAUCAGACAUAGUAAGUUCAAUAAUAAGUACCGAGAGACAAAACAGCAAAAUGGGAAGGUUCCCAGAAAAGACUCUACGUUUAAUGACAAAUUUAUCGACAUUGGAACUUCAGACAAUUCAGACGUAACACCUUCCACGUCCUCUCUGCCAUCGUACGAUAGCAUGACGCAAAAAGACAAAAACAAAUACGAGAAAGACAAGUGUGAGAAAGAAAAGGAGGGCAAAGAUACCAGAGAAAAGAAAGAGUGAAGUUCAAAGAUGCCGCUCUGUUUUUUAAUUGACAUGGGAACAUUUGUUUACAACUUUUCAAGGUGUUUUGUCAGUGUCAGUUGACCUUGCUUCUUUGGAGUGGAUGUCUAUCCCAUACUGCCUUAGCAUACUUGAACUUUGGGCCUAUUCUGGAGCUGUGAAUAACAUAGAGGUGUUCACGCUAUUUAUGAGAUUGAACAGCAAUGUGAUGCUGUGACUACAAAUGGAAGUGCAAACAGUGAUGCGCCAGCUGAUACAGCUGGAUACAGCAGUCAAAUGGGAAUGCCUACUAGCGAUCAACAGCACUGAGACUCACCAAACUUCUGCUGUUUAAUCACUGUCAGUGUGAACGAGGCUUUAGGCAGUGAAGCUGCUAUGUUUAUCCUGUUUCAUUCGCUGGCUAAAAAAGUCUGUUUUGGAACUGAGUGUUGUGAUCUGAUAUGUGUAGUUUAACUGUGUGUUCUCCAGCACCUAUGCAUGCCAGGGCUACACUCAGUGUCUAGCAUUUAAAGGUGAAGUUUGUCAUUUCAGCGCCAUCUAAUAGAAUUGAAAAAAAUAAUAACUGUUUUCAAACAAGCUUCAAACACUCCAACUGUCUACCAUUGGUCAAACAGAUAGUUCUGCCUCAAGCUCAUGCUAUUGGUUGAGGCAAUGAUGUUAUGACUGGCCCAGGGGGUCAAGAUUUGGCUAGUUAGCUUUAAUAGUAAUCCUACUAGUAGAUGCUGUAUCAAUACCAGUGAGCUGGUUUACAAAGACAGCAGAAAUCCUUUAUUGCGAUAAAGCUGCUUAAGACACAAAAACACAUCACUCCCUUAAACAUGCGGCUCAGUAAGUAAGCUGCUUUUUCCACAGCAAUGUAAUUUCCCAGUGAAACUGGUGUAAAUAAUGAAUACUGCAUCUGAGGACGACAUCGCUAUUUUGUGUUCUCUGUUGCUUCGCUAUAUUCCCAGAUGUCCCACAGUUGUUUCUUUGUUUGUUUCCAUUGCAACCUGCCGAGGCAUUGUGCUACAAUAGUGGGGUUUCCCUCUUACGUCAUACUCCGGGAUUCCCCCAGUGCACUUGAGCGUACAGUAUAUGUACAAGCACACUCUUCAAAAACCCAUAAGAACUUUGCUUAUGCAUUUCCAUGGCCACAUAAGCCACAUUCUCUGGCAGAAACUUGGGUGCAUUAAACCGCUUUCUCUUGGAGAAAAUGAAGAUUGCGUUUACAUGAUGUUUCAGAACGCCGCUUUCUAAAAAAAAAUCCUGGAAUAAGCUGGUCCUUAUGUGUGUAAAAAGCAUCUUUCUUAAUUGAUGGCCAUUCAAAAGUACCUAUAUAUUCUGACGAAAUAACAUUUUUACUAGCAACAUAUAAAUUCAAAUAUUUUAUUGUAUUAUAGUAGAUGUUUUACCAGUGCUUACAUUUUUUUGUAGGGCUCUUUAAGGUGUGAAUUAGACAGAUAUUUUUCCCUGUCUGCUACCUUUGACAUCAAAGCUCAGAAUUGUUGCUUUUAAAUAGUUUAGGAUUGUGCACAUUCUUGUGGUGCCUUCAGACAAUCAGCGUAGUCAAGACACAAUUUUUUUUUAGCUCCAGAGUAAUUAGUAUUUACAACUCAGGUGAUUGAAUUUAGAAAUAUAUUGGCAAGUAUGCAAGAUACAUUUGCUCCAACAUCCAUAUUGCAAUUCCGUUUGUUGCCUCUAGUGUUGCAGAAAUUACAUACUUCACUUUUAAAUGCCAUUUAUUCAACAAUUUGUGUUUUGUUUUUUGAGAGAGAAAAAAUAAAUGUUUCUAACAUGUUUGUUUUUUAAGAGGGUGUGUGAUUGUUGUAAUGUGUUGCACUGUCCUAUUUUACUUGAGACAGAGUUGAUGUAUUUCUUCAAAGGUUCCACGAGCGAUUAUUGACCGUAACUGUGACUACAGUUGAACCAGCGAGUCUGACCUGGUUGUCAAUAGAAAGGUAAUUGUAAUUGCAUGAAUGCUCACCUACAGUCAUAUACCAAGGCAUUUUCCCUCUCAGUAUUUUAGAAUGGCUCACUGCCUCUCAGGUCUUUUAAACAUGCUAGAAAGCCAUUCGCACAUGUGCCUGCCCAACACCUGCCUCAGCCGAGAGCUUGCAGCAAACUCUGUUCAAACAACUCUUUCCCCUGUACUCUAAGAGGAUCCUGCACAUGAAAAAGCUUUAAUGAGCAUUUUAAAACAAUGAUGGUGAUCUGGACCUUGUUUACCUUGUCUUAUAUGCUGAAGCCAAAAGUGAAGUCAUAAAAUUCUUUCAACAUUUAUGUCUUUGCAAUUUUAUAUUUUCUCUCAAAAAUGAUCCUUUACAUGUGUAACUAUAUUUUGUAGGAAAAAACAAUCUGUUAUGUAAUUUCUAUAAAGCAUAAAUGAUAGGUCUAUAUAGGGAAUGUGAAAGGUAGGUUAUGCAUCAUAAAAGCUAACAUAUAAAUGACAAAAUCAGGACUCGUACUUAUGCUAAAGAAUAUAUGGGAAAUGUAACUAUUUUAAUUUUGCUGAAAUUAUAUUGUGAAAUAUUACCAUUUUUAUUUGUAUUAUGCAUUUGUUCUAUAUAAAUGACAUUAUAAGAAAUGUGUACCACUUUUGUUUACAACAUUUUUCACCAAUGAAGAAAUGAUUGAGAUUGAGCGAGUUUAAAUUCAAUUCUGAGCAGUUCUAGUUACAUGUGUUUAUCAUCAGAUUUUGCUUGGCAUGCAGAUCUAUCUUUACAAUGACAGAAGACUUAAAUGAGUCAACUGUUUGUUAUAAUCAAGGAAUAUUGUGACAUCAGAAUUCCUGUAUUUGUUUACAUUUUUAUAGUCAUGAAUUUGAUCAUUUUUCAUUUAGUUUCUUUAAGGAUCCAGGAUAUAAUAUAUUCCACAUUAACACUAUUGUACAAUACAGUUGGUAUAACUGCUCCUUAUGAAUGUGACUUGUAUUGAAAAAAAUAAUUAUUGGUAUGUUUUCGAAUUUAUACAAAAUAAAUAUCAAAAUAGCUUAACAAAACAGAAAUCAUAGCAUUUAUAGCCUAUGCAUCAUGCUUGUAGUCUGUAAGUUAAACUGCAUGCGAGGUAUCAUUCAGUUAUUGAAGCCAAAAUAAUAA